AUGGCCGAUCCUUUGAGCAUCGCAGCCAGUGUCGUUGGCAUCGUCACGGCUGCCGCUCAGGUAUCAAAGAUACUCGCCAAUGUUAUCGAUAAAGCUCGCAAUGCGCCCAGAGAAUGCAAUCGCAUUUUGUCGGAAGUCAGCGACAUACAAAAUGUCCUCACAACGCUACAACUGUACAUCAUGGGAGCCCGUCGUGCUCCCCGGUCACGAACGUCCCUCAUUAUGGUGGAGCAGGUAGUCGCAACGCUGGCAGCAUGUGUUACGACGUUCUCAGAACUUGACACAUUCGCCAUCGCUUUGCAGAACGAUGCCGAGAUGAAAGUCCUUGAUCGACUGCGUUGGUCAAGUAAGGAUAAGGAGAUCAAGGCGGUGCUUGUGCGGCUUGAAUCCCACAAAUCAUCAUUGACUCUUAUGCUCACAAUACUGUCCUGUCAAAGGCAAGAAGAGGCCGAGAGCAGAGUCGAUAGACUCUGUGACCUAGUGGAAGAGGUUCUAUCACGCGACACCACUCUUAAAGAACGGCUUGUUGCGAUAGAGGUGCGCGAUGAGGCGACAAUGCCAAAGGACACGAUAGACUCACGACUCGACGAAUUGAGUGUGGGAGACACUCCCCAAGUGGAUACAGUACCUCAACCUGACUCCCCUUCUAACAAGCCACCAGAAUGGCAACGCAACCCUUACGGCUUCGCGUUUGAGGAAAUACUUCUGAGCUCGAGAGCUUAUCGAGUUGCCGCAAAAGACAACUCAGAUGCCUUUUCCAUUAUCAGUUCAGCUGGAAGAACGGCAUCUUGGUCGAUGCUAUCUGGUCUCAGUCUGUCCGAGGUUUCUCACAUUGGCAUUCAGGCUCUUCCGAUUUACGCUAGCGAUAUAGCUAAUAAGGAGUGUUAUGACUUCUCACCUGCUGCUGCUAACACUAUCCGUAUAGAGGACCUGCAAGAGACAGACUCACUAAAACUGUCGCGGCGAGAUCGACUGAAAGGUCUAUUUCGUAUACCACGCGUGCCUGAACCCGAACCAGAUCAUGCUGCUUUACCACCUGUGUUUGGAGUUGAACUACAAACGAGUAUUAGGACAGCGAAUGUUGCUAUCAGUCGAAUCAACGAUGAGGGGCAGUCAGAAAUCUACGGGUAUAUACCCAUUGUUGUCGCUAAAGGAGGUAUAUUCUUGAAGGAGAAAGGCGUUCAAGUUGAGGAUAUUUUUUCCACUGCUGGAAAUCCUGUCCGGAUGCGCCAGCUGCAAGCAGCCUUCGACUCACCCCCACGGUAUGGAAAGGGUCUCGAUUGGGUUGGGUACACCGUUCACGAUGCAGCUGGCAUCCUCUUGCGAUAUCUGAAAAGCCUGCCGGAGCCUAUCAUUCCGUACUCGUUCUACAACAGGUUUACGUCAGAACUCACACCGUUUAUUGAUCGGGAGUUGAACCAUGUGGAGACACCCAGGGUAUUGGAAAUAGUGAGGGGGCUCGUCAUGGAACUGCCACCACUUAGCCGCCAUUUGCUUGUCUACAUUAUGGACAUAAUUGGCGUGUUUGCGUACUGGUCUGAAAGUAACAACACGACAAAGUUAGGACUCAUCAGCACGUUCCAACCCUCGCUCAUUUCUGGACCACCGGAUGAGAUGGAUGCUGAGGCACACCACAUCGCGGCUAGUGUAGCGAUGGUCUUGGUCCAAUUCGAGAUGGAAAUGUCGGUCAUGAUGGAGUAG